CUGAGAGCUAUCGGCGCAUCUCCGGUUUUUUUUUAUUUUUUUUUUAUUCUGAACUUUGUCGGUAGUGAAGAAUGAUGGACAAAGCCCAUGAUUGCUCGGAGCGGAUUGUGAUUUUAGAUGCAGGUUCUCAGUUCGGAAAGGUUAUUGACCGCAGGGUCCGAGAAUUGUGUGUAGAAUCCGAAAUAUGGCCGAUUGAUACGCCUGGCUCGAAGUUUAGAGAUCCUGUAUAUAAAGGUAUUAUUAUAUCCGGCGGCCCUCAGAGUGUAUAUGCGGAAGGUGCUCCCAAACUUGGAUCAGGUAUUUUUGAAUUGAACAUUCCUGUUCUGGGUAUUUGCUAUGGCAUGCAGCUCAUGUGCCUUCGUGACGGAAGACAUGUAGAAAAAAAAUUGCAGCGUGAGGACGGACAGUUUUCGGUCGAGAUUGACGUGAGGAGUGCUCUUUUCAAAGGUCUGGAGCCGAACCAGACGGUGCUGCUGACUCACGGUGACACGGUGCUGGACGUGCCCGAUGAUUGGAAGGUAAUCGGCCAUUCUGGGAACAUGAUCGCCGCCGUAGAACACAGCAAGAAAAAGUUGUACGGAGUACAAUUUCACCCAGAAGUUGAUUUGACAGAAAACGGACGAAACAUUCUUCGAAAUUUUUUAUACGAGAUUUGCGGCUGUCGCGGGAAAUUUACACUAGAGAAUCGCAGGCAACUGGUAGAAAAUGAACUUUCGAAGGUUUCUUCGCACCAAAAAGUAAUGAUUUUGGUUAGCGGCGGCGUUGACAGCACAGUAUGUGCGGUGCUAUGCAAAAUGACGCUAGGAACUCAUCGAGUACACGCCUUACACAUAGAUACUGGCUUUUUGAGAGAGAACGAGAGCCAAAUGGUCAGGGAUGCCUUGAAUUCCCUAGACAUUGAUUUGAAGAUAUUGGAUAUAUCUGAACAGAUGUAUAGUGCGUCAACGCUAAUUCGCGAUCCGGGAACUGGUCUAGAACGCGAAACAGGUCGAUUGGACGAAACAUUGCACCCUGAAGAAAAGCGCCGAAUUAUUGGUGAUACUUUCAUGAAAGUUGCUCAGGACGAAAUAUCUCGUAUGGGUAUGAGUUUAGAGGAUAUUUUCUUGGUACAGGGGACACUACGUCCAGAUCUGAUCGAAUCGGCAAGCAAAACUGUAAGUCAGGCUGCAGAUGUUAUUAAAACGCAUCACAAUGACACAGCUCUGGUCAGAGAAUUACGAGAAAAAGGGCAUAUCUUAGAGCCACUCUCCAGCUAUCACAAAGAUGAGGUUCGUGCUUUAGGGCUCAAAUUAGGAUUACCAGAGGAGCUAGUAUGGAGACAGCCGUUUCCUGGUCCUGGUCUGGCUAUUCGAAUUAUAUGUGCAGAUAAACCCAUCAUAGGUCCUUCUUUUUAUUCAACCAAUCAAAAGUUGCAUUACUUGAUGAACUGUUACCGUCCAGAUGAUCCGAACUUGCCACCAGAAUUACGAGAAUUGAGACCAGAAGAAAAAAAUCUAGUACAACAUUUGGCAGAGACACGUUAUUUUUCGGCUCACUUGCUUCCUAUUUUGACGGUCGGUGUACAAGGUGACGCCAGAACCUAUAAGCAUGUGUGUGCCAUAUCAUCUGAUGGCCAUGAGACGCCUCGUUGGUCUGAAUUAUUUUCGCUCGCCAAAUUGUUGCCUAAGCUUUAUCAUGACAUCAACCGUGUUGUAUAUAUGUUUGGAUCUCGAUUGGCGUGUGCACCGACUUGCGUCACUCCUACACGCCUGACACGAGAGGUCGUAGAGAAGUUGCGCAUCGUGGAUCACUUAUUCAAUACCACGCUCAAAGAACAAAAUCAGUACAGAAAGAUAUCUCAGGCACCUGUUGUUCUUUUUCCGUUGGCAUUCGACGGGAAAGCAAAUACAAGAUCGGUAGCAAUUCGCACCAUCAUCACGAACGACUUCAUGACAGGGAGGCCUGCUCGCCCGGGCGUCGAUAUCAGUGAAGAAUCGAUCUUAGCUUCUGUGCGACAAAUCGAGCAAGUUCCUGGCAUAGCACGUGUGGUAUACGAUCUGACGUCGAAGCCUCCAGCAACGACUGAAUGGGAGUGAAGUCGUGACGCAAUAAAAAAAAAUAAUAAAUUUAUUUUUGAGAUAACACAAAA